AAUUUACGUGCCAUCUGCUGCCGCCCGAGCCGCGCCGAACGCCAGCAGACGGGAACGCACAGUAGCGCCACGAGAGCAACCCGUCGUAGCCGAACUUAUCGCUAGAUGGUAGCACCGUGCGGCGAGCCGAGGCGAGAUGGGUAGAAGCCGGCGGUGGGGCCGGUAGAGUGUGUCUGGAUUUUGGUGGAGAUGGCGGCGGUCCCGCCGAGUCGCGUUUUGAGUUUUAGCCCACUGUCCGUUGCAGUUUCUUGUUUCUGUCUGUGGUGUCAAAUGCAGUGGCAAGAGACAGCAGACUUUUGAGCGUGACGGACGAGUCGGAGACCGAGAUGGCGAACAUGGUGCCGAAACCCGGGACGGUGGGCUACUACGAGACAGUGAUGGCGCGGCAGCGCCGUUGGACCAGCCACGUGGGUGGACGCGGUCAGUGGACUGUUGACAGUGGAUGGUGCACAGUCAGUGGACUGGACUGCUGAACACCAUCAGUGGAUGGUGUACGGCUGACUGUUGUCGUCAGUGGACGGCUUGGUAUACGCAGUCAGCUGACUGAGUGACCUUGGCAGUGGGCCAAGACUGUGGACUUCACUGCCAUGGCCGAUCUGGAGCGCCUGCUGAGGCGCCGGGUGGCAGCCAAGGGCUGGGUGACGAGGACGGCCAAUGUGCUGGCUGACCUGCUGGACCAGAAGACGGAGGUGGCUGGGGUGGAACCUCGCCUUGUGAUUCUGGAUGCUAAGAAGGAAUGCGAGGUGCGACUAGCUGCCUUGGAUGACCUGCAGGCCCAAGUGGAAUGUGAGCUGGAGCUGGAGGCCAUGGAGGCUGACCUGCAGGCAGCCUGGACCUUCAGAGAGGGUAUCAAGCGGGUCCUGCUUCGUGCUGAUGCUGUACUGCAGGCUGAAGUUGAGGAUCAGCUACCACCUUCAUCAGCGAGCUCCAGGAAUUUGAUGGCUUCUGCUCACCUGCCGAAGUUGCAACUCCCCAAGUUUGAUGGUGACGUCAUACAGUGGGCGCCUUUCUGGGAAAGUUUUGAGUGCUCGGUACACCAGAGUGAGCUGUCUGCUGUACAGAAGUUGACCUAUUUGAGGUCGCUUCUGGUGGGCGAAGCCAGACGCUGUGUUGAGGGUCUUCCACUGAAGGGUGACAGUUACGAGACCACAUGCCAGUUGCUGAAGGAGCGGUUUGGGCGAACGGAGCUCAUCAUCUUCGCCCACAUCCAGCAGCUGCUCGGGAUCAGCUCCAGUGCUGAGACAAAGCUGCAGGAACUGGUGGACCGGCUUUUGGUGCAGGUGCGGAGCCUGGAGGCCCUGGGAGUUACGGGACAGCAGUAUGGCAUAAUCAUGACGCCCUUGAUUCUGUCGCGCCUGCCCUCUGAGGUGCGAUUGGAGUGGGCGAGGACCAGCGUUGGCAGGGAGGGUGACUUGGAGCACCUCCUUGGCUUCCUUCAGCAGGAGAUCGCCAGACUGGAGCGGUCAGGUGUGUAUGACCACCUGACAUCGAAGACGACUACUUCUUCAGGACGUGCUGGGGCGGCUGUGCCCGGCACCGGCCGACGGGCUGCCAGGGACACUGGAGCCGCGGGACAUCGAGGACCGACGGUGACCCCUCCGGGCCAGUGGGAGGCUCGCCCAGCUCGGCGACCCUCCACUGCAGCUCUGCAAUCGGCUUCUCUGGGGUGCAGCAGCUGCAGCUACUGUGGACAUCAGCAGCACCAGACAGCUAAGUGUGGGGCAUGGCAGAAGCUGAGUGUUGCAGACAGAUUUGGUUGGGUGCGGGAGAAGGGGCUGUGUUUCUGUUGUUUGCAGACCACCCAUCUGGCCAGGCAGUGUGCUGCCAGAUGUGAGAGGUGUGGUGGUCGGCAUCAUGUGACUUUGUGUGGUAAGGUGGGGAGUGUUCGGGGGACCCAAGGGGUAGAGGGUGGGGGUACCACUAGAGAGGGGGGCCCUACCCAACCUGUCACUGUGGCUAUGGGGGGAGGGAGUCGUGGGGAAAGUGUCUCUCUUUCGUGUAACACAGGCGAGCAGGUGACCCUGUUACCUGUAGCUACAGUGUUGGUUCCCUCGGCAGAUGGAAGGAGUGUUGUUGAGGGGACUCUGAUCUUUGAUGGGGGUGCGGACCGGUCCUUUGUGACCAGGGGCUUCCGCAAGAAAGUACAGGGUGCUUUCAAGGGUUCAAUUGAGAUGAGCUGUGCCUCAUUUGGGGGUUCUAAGGUCACUGAUGUAUGCAAUGUGUAUGAGAUGAGUGUGACCGGCCGAAACUUGUCACUGUCCGCAGCGGAAAAGUUGAAGAUGGUGGAAGUGGAGGAGAUAUCGGCGCCGCUGCGGAGACCCCGGUGUCUUCUGACCUACUCCAGCCCUUCGCCCACCUCCAGCUGGCUACGGACUGCCCCCCGUCUGGCUCCACGCUGCACAUCGACCUGGUAG